CCGUCGGCUCUUUGCCAGGGCUCUGGGGAUAUAGCGCUAGCUGGCUAACUCUUAGCAAGUCAAACGCCAUCCUCGAAAGGUAGCCAAAGGAAUGGUGUCUUUUGGCUAAACGCAAGUGGGUAGUUCCAGCCAUUUAGCUAGAAAGAUAAACACUUUACGCGCACCAUGAAUUUACUGCCAUCCAAUCCCCACGGAAACGGACUUCUCUACGCUGGGUUCAACCAAGACCAUGGGUGCUUUGCAUGUGGAAUGGAAAAUGGAUUCAGAGUGUACAACACAGAUCCACUUAAAGAGAAAGAAAAGCAAGAGUUUCUUGAGGGAGGGGUCGGCCAUGUGGAGAUGCUUUUUCGAUGCAACUACCUUGCACUUGUUGGUGGAGGCAAGAAACCCAAGUAUCCCCCUAAUAAAGUGAUGAUCUGGGAUGAUCUCAAGAAAAAAACAGUGAUUGAGAUUGAGUUUUCCACAGAAGUCAAAGCAGUUAAACUACGACGAGACAGAAUUGUGGUGGUGUUGGAUUCAAUGAUCAAAGUCUUUACUUUUACACAUAACCCUCACCAGCUGCAUGUCUUUGAAACAUGCUACAAUCCCAAAGGUCUGUGCGUCUUGUGUCCAAACAGCAACAACUCAUUGCUAGCGUUUCCUGGCACUCAUUCUGGGCAUGUGCAGAUAGUAGACCUGGCCAACACGGAGAGGCCCCCGGUCGACAUUCCAGCCCAUGAGGGAGCUUUGUGCUGCAUUGCCCUUAACCUCCAGGGAACGCGGAUAGCCACGGCUUCUGAAAAAGGGACUCUGAUCAGAAUAUUUGACACAUCAGCGGGUCAUCUGAUUCAAGAGUUAAGACGGGGAUCACAAACAGCAAACAUAUACUGCAUUAAUUUCAACCAGGAUGCAUCUCUCAUCUGUGUGUCAAGUGACCAUGGUACUGUCCACAUAUUUGCUGCAGAAGACCCCAAAAGGAACAAGCAGUCAAGUUUGGCCUCAGCCAGUUUCCUUCCCAAGUAUUUCAGCUCCAAGUGGAGUUUCUCCAAGUUCCAAGUACCGUCUGGCUCUCCCUGUGUCUGUGCCUUUGGAACUGAGCCCAACGCAGUCAUAGCCAUUUGUGCUGAUGGCAGCUACUACAAGUUCCUGUUCAACCAAAAAGGGGAGUGUUCGAGGGACGUAUAUGCCCAGUUCUUGGAAAUGACUGACGAGAAGAUCUGAGCACGGAUACCCCCCUAAAGCCCCCCAUCCCCCGGAUUUGCGAUAAUUUUCUUUCUGACAUCUACAUAUUUGCAGAAUGUCAGUGGACCUACUGUACUCUGCAUUUAUGACCCUGUGCCAUGGCUGAGAGGCGAACCAUAUCAGGGACCUCCUGGUCAAAAGGAGAGACAGAUCUGUAUGCUCACUUUGUGUGUGUGUCUGUGUGUCUGUAUG